AUGGUAUACACGGUGGCCGGUGGUGAAGCAGUGGGUGGUAUGCGAAAUCCCGGUCCUCAGUUUACAAAAAAUGAAAAAGUCACGUCGAUUCAAGCUAACACAUCCAUUUCAACAAUAAAGCAAGGCCCUGUUAUCCUGAGACCAAGUCAACUAUCCCUCUACAACGGCACGGACACCAGUCUCCCCCUGUACGUCGCGGUGAACGGGACCGUCUUCGACGUCUCGGAAAAUCGCAUGAUCUACGGACCCGGUGGGAGCUACAACUUCUUUGCGGGGCGGGACGCAACGCGCGCUUUUGUCACGGGCUGCUUUAAAGAAGAUCUUACGAACGACUUGCGCGGUGUCGAGAUUAUGUUCAUGCCGGUUGAGGAUGUCGAGAAUGAGGCUGUGACUUCUGCGCAGAGGAAAAUCCGUCGCGAGAAGGAGUUACGGGCUGCUAGAGCGCGGGUUGAGGAGACUGUCAAGAGGUGGACUGGAUUCUUUGCGAAUCAUGCAAAGUAUUUUGAGGCUGGGAGGGUGGUUGAUGAUGGAGGUGUUGAUGGAGAGCCGUUGCCGCUGUGUGAGAGCGCGCAGCAGCAGCGACCGAAGAGGAGUGCGAUGGUGGAAGAGUCGUAG